UAAUCAACGAGUGUUUAAAUUAAACGAGUGUUUUAAUUGAUCGGUGCUCCACCAUCGUUUUUUGUACGAACAUGGGGAUGAUUACUGCAUUAAAAAAUGGUGACGAAAGUUCUGGAUUAUUGAUGAUGAAGCUAAGAGCGGUUAGAGUUUACCACGUUCCUGCUCAUUCUCGAGGGCCGGAAUCAUUGGAUAUUGUUUUCCAGGACUCAGAGAUGACAAUUGCUCAUUUGAAUCAAGAAAUGGCCCAUGAGCCUGUACAUGUGAAGGAGAAUUUUGUUGCAAUUGGGAACAGGGCGCUGUUAACAGCAAAUGUUGGGCGUCGGUGGGUGUUUGGGUUGAAUGAAAAUCAGCAAUUUACAUGGGUUGAUAGAUUCCAGCAAGGGGAUUCCAGUGAUGAAGAUAGCGAUGAAGACAAUGAAAGUAUGUCCGCUGCAGCUGGAAAUGAAAAUGAUACCCCUCCAAACAACCUGAAUCAUCACCGGACAUGCUUUCACUAUCUUCAUCACUGGAAUCCCCUUGCUGCAAGCACAUCUACAACUGGCUCAAACAGUAGUGAUGACAUUCACACUUCUGCUACUGUUGCUGCUGCGAUUCAACACGCAAAGGAGAUCUUGAGAGCAUCUUGGAAAGCUCUUGUUGCUUGUACUGUACUGGGGGGAUUAGAUGUGAGAUGGCCUCAGCCUAUAUUAAAUCAAAAGGUGCUGGUUUUGAAAAUGUAUUUCAGACGGUGCAUUUUCUGUAGAAUGCUCGUGUUAAUCUGCAAUAGCUGUCAGGAUGUAAAUUCUACUUAUGCUUGUGAACUAUGCCAAAAAGCUGGCAAGGAUGUUCGCUCGGUUUUGGAGAUGAAAGUUCACAAGUCAGUAGAAAUAUCUGAAGGUGGAGGGGAUAAACCUGAAGCUGUUUCCACUUUGAAUUCAACAGAAUACUUGCCUAUUGUUGCACGAUCAAAUGGGACACAAAUGUCCAGAAGAAGACUGAGGAUUUUGUGCUUACAUGGCUUCCGCCAGAACGCUUCCGGAUUCAAAGGAAGAUCGGCCUCGCUAGCCAAAAAACUCAAGAACAUUGCAGAGCUUAUCUUCAUCGAUGCACCCCAUGCCUUACCCUUCAUCUACCAACUCCCUCCACCAGACCAUCACUGCAAUCUCAUUUCGUCUUAUCAGUCCAAAGACACCAACCUUCCUACGGGUGGUUGCAAUAGAAAGUUUGCAUGGUUGGUGGGACACGGGCACACACCAGAGACCAACUCUAAUUGGAAAAUGUCAGACCGUAAAUUUGAUCAUCUACAGUACCAACACCAAACCGAGGGGUUUGACGAAUCACUCUCGUACCUGAAAACUAAGGUUUCUGAAGGAGGGCCGUUUGACGGGAUCUUGGGGUUCUCACAAGGAGCUGCAAUGGCUGCUUUACUCUGUGCACAAAAGGAGAAGUUAAAAGGAGAAAUAGAUUUCAGGUUUGCAGUUUUAUGCUCCGGCUUCGCUGUGAAUAUGGACGACCUCGAGCAGGGGUCAGUAAACUGCCCUUCGCUCCACAUAUAUGGGAAUGACAAGGGCAGCGACAGGCAGAUAGAGACCCGAGCUAGUCAACGACUUGCUUCCCUGUUUGAGGAUGCCUCCUGUGUGGUCAUUGAGCAUGAUUUCGGUCACAUAACUCCAACACGCUCCCCAUACAUUUACCAGAUCAAAGACUUUCUUCUCCGUUUCCUGUAAUUUACGGAUGCCCCGAUGCUGUUGACUGGAACCAGUAUUGAAGAAGCUCAUUGAAAAGAAUUCGAGUUAGCCUAUAGGCUUCAACCAAACUCCGAUUAAUUUCUCACAGUAACAUCAAUACCAACAAAACGACAGCGAUAGGGUUUUAGAUAGACAUCGUCCGUCUCAGGCAGUUCAAAGCAAUCAAUCUUUGCCGGUGAGGGAAGAAGUUCGCCGGCGGGAAGGAAAGAUGCUAGCAAACGGGAGAUACCAUUUAAGGGAUAUCUCAUAUCCAAAUUCUUCAACCAAUUUCGUUAUUCCCAUUUCUGCCUCGCUCACCAACGCGAGAAUCUCAUCACUGGCAACACUCUUGGCGACUUUGAUGAAAAUCUCUGAUACAGACAAGUNAUACGGAUAUGGUAAUUGUAUAUCCGAUCCGUUUAAAAUCCGAUCCGAAUAUACAUCCGUUUAAAUAACCGUUUAUCAAUAUCCGUUUAUCCGAAUACCGAAUAAUUUUUUGAAUAAAUAUAAUCCUAGUAU